CAAUGAUGAUAUUAUGUCUGAGCAUGAGAUAUUAACAUCCUUGACCGACAUCUACUUAAAAUCUUAAUUUCAUUUAGGUUUUUUCAUUCACGAGUUGCGCACGUGCUAGGAUUUAAUUUAGUGAUUUUGGUCUGUUGUGCAGCAUUUAUAAAACAAAAAAUACGUUUUGCCCAGAUAUUAAUGUUGUUGUACGCAGACGGAUUGGUUUGCUAAGAUAAGUCGGUGCUAAAAUGGAGGAAAAUCAAGGUUUGAGCUACUCUUGUUGUCCUUCAACCACUCCUUACAUUUAUGGGACAUUUCCUGACAGACUACGACACCUAGCGGCUGCAGACCCGGACAGAGAAGCGUUUGUUUUCUACGAUUUUAGCAAACAAAGAAAAAGUCUUACAAGAAAACAACUAUUAGAUCAAGCUACCAUUGCUGCAGAAAACUUUGUAAAGUAUGGUGUCGAAAAAGGGUCAACAGUUGCAAUAUGCAUGACUAAUUCCUUAGAAAUGUUGACAUCAAACUUAGGCGUGAUUAUGGCGGGAGGCGUACCAUUUUAUGUAUCAACAAAUCUCAAGGACGGAAGUGAUUUAGCAGAGUUUAUCAACAACUUCGAGGCGAAGCUCCUUAUAAUAGAUACUAAUAAAGGAGAUGAAAAUUGGAAAGUCCUUGAAAAUAUUUGGCCUGAAAGUCAGAGUCGGUCAAAGGUUGCGUCAUGUCUAGAAAUGGUUAUUUGUAACGGAAAUAUAGACAGGGAAACUGAAACAAGAAAGAGCCUUUCUUCGUUUCAACAGAAGAAUUCGGACACAAAUAUAAAACUUCCAAAUAUUCAGCCUGAAGACAAGUUGACUUACUUUUGUACUUCCGGCUCAACUGGUAAGCCAAAAGUAAUUGUUUGCACACAUUUUGGGGCUUUGAAUUGGACGAAAUCUUCUAAUAAACAUGUGAACAUCACUGAGAAAAGUGUGUUUUUCUGUGAUCGUACAAUUAGUUGGGCCCUUGGAUUUCCACGUACUUACGUAACAGAUGGCGCCACCCGAGUUUUUGUUGACACGAAAUUGAGUAUUGCUGGACAACAUAGCGAAUUCCUUGCUGACGUCAUAGAACGAGAAUGCUGUGACGUUGUUUAUUUACCUAUCUAUAUGGUCGUUGAUAUGCUGAAUAAACCAGAAGUCUCAAACAAGUUCAACAAAGUGAAAACCAUAUUCUUGGGCGGUGAAAGGAUACAAUAUACCCACUAUCAAGCUUUGAAAGCACGCUUUUGCAAUGAUGUUUUAGCGUUAUAUGGAACAACAGAGAUUGGGAUAGCGAGUUUUUUCAGUGGUGUAAGUGGGGAUGAUUUCGAGGACGGCAUGAUAGGAAAACCGAUGGAAGGUUACGAGUUUAAAGUAGUUGAUGAAAACGGAGAUGUUGUUCCGAUUGGUACAAAAGGUGAGCUGUGUGUUAGAAGCCCUUUUAGAUUUGUUACUUACUGGGGGAUGAAAGAAUUGUUCCGGGAGGUAGUCGACACACAAGAUUGGUUCCAUACGGGUGACAUGGCUCACUUUCGCCAGGAUGGGAACUGUGUUGUUGAUGGACGGAAAAAAGAGAUGAUUUCAAUUGGAACUAAUAAGUUCUUUCCUUGGUCUAUUGAAAACGUUCUGAAAAACAUACCAGCAGCUGAAAACGUAUUUGCGGUCGGUGUACCGGAUACAAGGCUAGGCCAAGUUUUUUGCGCAUGUUUAUUACCUAAACAAGGCGCAUUCUUGACGGAGUGUGAUAUUAAAAAGUUUUGCGAUGAAAUGUUUCUGGAGCAAUCAACUGCUUUUGGAGUUACCGUCAAGCCGUUGUACCACAUUAUUUUAGACAAGGUACCUCUGACUGCCACUGGGAAGAUUGACAGACGAACAAUAGGACUGCUGGCAAAAGAAAAACUUGGACUCUAAAAUCUUUGAACUCAUCCCUUUAAGAGAGAAACGCAAGCUUUUAGAAUUAGUCAAAGUUGAAUCAUGAUGGGAAAAUUACACUGUAAGAUUCUUUUUCGUGUAUAGUUAUAUUACACAUGAUUAUGACUUAAUCAUGUUUAAAAUAUUUAAUGUUGAAGCAACUGAGAUUGUUAAAACGUUUUGUUAUUUAGGUAUUUGUUUCAAUAACAAAAGGAUCCCUGAGUGCAGCGAAGCCCAGAUAGCUAAUUUUAAACUAGAAUGUGUGUUAUUUACCGAUAUGAGGAAAAAGUAUAUUGAUAGACGCUUUUGGACAAGACCUAGUAUGUUCAAAUUCAUACUUCUUGUAUUUAUUCAGAAAAUAAGAAUAUUCUAGGAACCUUAGACGAUAUAUUAAUGUUUUUAAUAUUCGAAAUUCGGUCUUAUAUGUGAAUUAGAGAUAUUCAAAU